AUGAAAUACGAAAUUAUAUUCCUACCAUUUUGGGUAAUAAAUUGUUCACACAUACAACAAAACGACUCCGAAGUUUUCAUAACGUACGCCGGGCACAGUGACGUUGAACGUGAAACUGUGCAACGACACAACAUAGAUACAGAAAAAGCACAGACAGCAACAGAAAAUAUCGUCACAGAAAAUAUUGUGUUUAUACCAAAUGAUAAACCAGUUAUUCGUAAUGAAGAUACAAUUAAUAUUGAUGACGUUAUAAAUACGAGGAGGGUUGAAGAUUUGAUGCGAGAUUCUGCAAUUACUGAGAAACCGAAUCAAGACAUACUAUUCAUAACUGGAAAAAAUCAUGACAAUAAUGAGGAACAGAAAAUUUCAAGGACGAAAGCUGAUAACGAAUCGAGUGGCAAAAUUAAUCCCAUUAAAAGGAAAUCCAAGCUCGACUGCACAAACUUGGAUUGCAACAGCACGGUUCGGUCAAUUUGUGGGGGGAGGAAGGAGAACAGCCUGUGGAAAUUUAGACUUUUCCUCAAUGAAUGUUACUUUAGGAAGGUCAAUUGUGGAUUCCAAUAUGCUGGAAAUAGAUAUGAAUUGGUCACAAUUGAUAAAUGCGAAAAUAUAGGCGGUCACUAUCCCAAGGCGCCGUAUAACUACAAACCUGUGUCACUGUACAAACCAAGACAGUUACCAAUAAAUGAGACCAGACGUAGUUUCGCAUCAAGAAGAUCCAUGAGCGUGGGUAUAGACGGUGCGCAUUGUGGGCACACAUGCCCAAUAUCCUGUACAGAGGACUACGAUCCCCAGUGUGCAGUAUCCAGCGCUGGCCAGAGAAAGGUCUUCUUAAACCAUUGCAAAUUGGAUCAAAACUCUUGUAUACAAAACGUUGCUUGGCAUCGCCGCCCGCUUUCUGAAUGUGUUGGUGGAAAGAAGGCUGACAUGAACCAAAACAGAGGAUUUAUAUCCUGGAUGCAGCGAGUCGGCAUCAUUGACAGAAACGGGAGACUAGUGCUGUCUUGA